AUGUGGUUUUAUGGACCUAUGUUCCUGCAUGGUCGGGAAGAACUGUGGCCUUCAAAACCAUCAUCAGCGUUAAAGUCCGAAACCCUCAUUGAUCCUGAACGGAAGAAGAAAACUCCAGUAUCUACAUUGUCUGUUGUGGAAGGCACAGCAAAUCCUGGAGAGUUCAUAUACUCAAUACGACACAACAACUCAUUUGGAAGACUUCAACGGAUAUUAUCGUAUAUAUUAAGAUUCGUAAAAAGAACCAGAAGAAAACAAAAUGAUCAUUCAAGCAAUUUUUUGACUCCAUAUGAUCUAGAUGCAGCACAUCAGGUCAUCAUCAAAAGUAUUCAAUAUGCAGAAUUCAAAAAUGAAAUCAAAAUUAUGAAAUCUGAUGGAAGAAUAAAUAAGUCCAGUGCAUUGGCAUCACUGGCACCUUUUAUUGAUAAUACGGGCAUCAUAAGAGUUGGUGGACUUUUGGAUGCAGCCUCAUUAUCGUAUGACGCCAAACAUCCUAUGUUGUUGCCUUAUAACGACCCCAUUGUCAAAUUAAUAAUGGAACAAGUCCAUAAAAAAUACAUGCACUGUGGUCCGCAGUCUCUCCUAGCUAACAUGCGUCAACGAUACUGGCCAAUUAAGGGCAAAUUGAUGGCAAGGUCAGUAGUACAACAUUGUGUACGUUGUACUAAAGUAAGACCACAAUUUUAUGAACAACUGAUGGGUAAUUUGCCAGCGACAAGAGUACAUCCUGGGCUACCAUUCCUCACCACUGGAGUGGACUUUUGCGGACCUUUUUGGAUACAUUACAGAAUCCGAGGCAAGAAACCACACAAGGCAUACAUUGCUGUGUACUGUUGUUUUACAACUAAGGCAGUUCACCUCGAAGUAGUUAGCGAUUUAACCACAGAUGCAUUCAUCGGAUCGCUGAAACGUUUUAUUGCUCGAAGAGGACACUGCAAAAAUUUGUUUUGUGACAAUGUCACAAAUUUCGUGGGAGCAACCAAUCAACUAAUUGAACUUGCAGACUCAAUUCAAACAAGCAAGGCACAAGAGAAGAUAAUUAACGAAUGUAAUGAAAGAGGAAUAACAUUUAAAUUUAUACCUCCUCGUGCACCACACUUCGGUGGACUGUGGAAAGCAGCAGUCAAAUCAGCAAAACACUUAUUGAUACGAAGUACUAAGACGACUUCACUAACAUAUGAGGAACUAGAGACUGUGGUGUUAGAAGUCGAAGCAAUACUGAACUCUCGACCAUUGACACCUAUGUCGAGUAAUCCGAAUGACUUGUCAGCACUAACACCUGGUCAUUUCUUAAUCGGAGAACCUCUCACAGCAAUGGCAGAUGCAAAGGCCCAAUCAGGAAAUAUAAAUCUGGUGACAAGGUGGAAAUUAGUUUCUCGCCUGAAAUUGGACUUUUGGGAACGUUGGAAAACCGAGUACCUCACUGAACUACAAUGUCGACACAAAUGGAAAUCAGCCAACCCAAAUAUAAAAGAAGGUACCCUUGUAAUCAUCAAGGAAGACAAUGCUUCUACAUUAAAAUGA